AUGCCUCAGUUCAAUAAUUGUCCUCGGGAUCACAGCCUGGGCAAAAUCCGUACAGGUGGCCCUCACCCCAAUCAUUUACGAUAUAACAUUAAGCACCAGCUGUAUUACCCGUCGCUACAGAUGGCACGUUCUCCCUCUGUUUCUGACCGCAGUAAUUUCUUACCUUAUAGUAGUAAAUACUCAUCUCCCAUCUCACUGUCUCACUGCAUUCAUCUUCCUGGCUCGGAAUUUCAAUCAGAUCAACUACAAGGUCCAUUUCUGGAACAGAGAGGCGGCAUGACUAUACGGCAGCUUUACUACGGUCGGGGCUCGGGCAUUCGAGGUUUUCUCAACGGUGGUACCUUAAUGCACGAGAAGAACAAUAAAGCGACCACCUUAGAGAAGAAUCUCUAG